UGCCGGGGUGAAUGAGAGGGCAUACUCAGCUCCCCGAGACCACUGGAUGCCCCUAUACGUCCAUUAUUUGAUAGCAGGACUUAGGUUCCCCAUUCCAGAAUUACUGGGCGGGGGUAGAGGUGAGAAGGGGUGGUACUACUUCGGCCCUCGGUCGUCCAGCAAAGAGAAGAAGAGUUUAUUCUCUGCUGGACCGUCAUCCAUCAAAGGAUGGAAAGAAAAAUUCUUCUUUGUGGAUGACACCGAGUGGGGUAGGGGAAAUGCCGAGGUGGAGGAGUUGUCUGCUUGGAAGGCUAAGAAAGCCAAGCAGAACAACUAUAAGUUAAAUGAAGAUGAGGUGGAGGAGGUAGAGAAGCUGGUGAGGGGGGAAGGAGACGUGGUGGACAUCCUGUACCUCACCAGUCCGCUGGCAAUAAAGGCUGCUGAGCUCUAUGGGCCAAGCUCAUUGAGCGAAGCUGAGAUGGAAGAGUUUACAAAUGCUGCUGGGGGGCUGCACAUCCCGAAGAAGCCAAGGAAGAAGUCAAGGACUUCAACUGCGGCGAAUCAAGGGGCGGAUAUGAGCGAGGAAGUGGCACCGCUCCAAAGGAAGAAGAGGAAGGUGUCACAACCAGAAGCCAGGGGGGAUGAGGUGGUGGAGUUCGCACCUCGGCCUUCUCCUCCAAAAACUGAUCCUAAAGUCGGGGAGAGGGUAGAGGUCGAGGCGAAGCACUUCCUCAACUCCUCUCUGCCUAAGGUGGAUAGGAGGCGGGCAAAGGACGAGGUGGUGAGCCAUGUGGGGCACACCGUUGUGAGGCACGCCUUGGAGAGUGCAAGCUGGACAAACACUCUUGCACAGGAGUAUGCGGAGAGUGUGAGAGAUCGUGCCAACUUGUUGAGGCAGUGCGAGCAGUUGCAGAAGGAGAAGGAGGAGCUGCAGAAGGAGAAGGGGGAAUGGGAGAAGGAGAAGAGGGAGAUGCAGAGGAGGCUGGACGAAGUUCUCCCUUCAGUGUUCGAGCUCCAGAACGAGAACGAUGUCCUGAGCACGAAGCUUGGCCUCGAAGAACGCAAGAGAAAGAUCUGUGAGGAGAAGCUCGAGGCUCAAGACAAGUAUAUCGACAAUAUGAGGAAAGGAGCAGCGGAGCUGAAGAAGAACGUGAACCUGCUGGUGCACAACGGGAUGGAGGAACACAUUGGCAACUUCCUCAACUCCAGCACCUUCGAGGACAUCCUCAAGCUCUACCGGCUGCCAAUCGCCAUUGUGGCCUUCAUCGACUGUAGAAAGAAGGUGAAGGCCCAGUACCCAGAGGUGGACAUGACAACAGUCACCUUUGGGGAACAAGAAGAAGGGGUGGAGGAAGAUGGGGAGAGCCUCUGUGCUGACUUCCGACCUCGGAUCACGCUGAGGUGGGAGCGUGAUGCAGAGGGGCACACCAUUUUUCCUCCAGCCUUUGACGUUGAGUUGGUGGCCGUGGAGGGAGAAGAAGAAGAGAAAGAAGAAGGAGAAGCGCAAGGCGCCGGAGUUGAGAAUCAGGCAGCUCCAACUGAAGUGCAGCCUCCUGAGGUGCAUCCAGUCUCGUCUGACGAAGUGCAGGCGUUGCCUCCUCCUGAAGUAGAAGUACCACUCCUGGCUCCUGGAGAUGAGCCCAGAUCCCCACCUCUUCCCGCUGAGGAGCAGCCUCCUCCUCCAGCAGAGUAGUUUAGGAUUGGUUAAAUCCCCAUUUUGGUCCCUGAACUAUUGUACGGACCCCCGAUUUGGUCCUUGAACUAAAUAAAUCCCUAAUUUGGUC